AUUAUUUAAAAAAAGAUAAUGCCAUUUCGCCCUUUCUCUCUGUGCCGUAUCUGAUCGCCUCUCCCCUUUGGUUUUCCUCGAGAUCGUUGUUUAAUCUUCGAUUUUGUUCAGAUCAAAGAGAGAGGAGAGACGACGAGAAAGAGAUUGAUCUCUAUUUUUCUUAGGUAGAAUCGGUAAAGGAAGAACGAAGUGGUCUAGAUCGAUCGAAAAGAUUAAACAAGAGUGGAUUAAGAAGAAGAGAGAAGGAGAAUCGCUUAUCCGUGGCGCAACCCGUACAGAUUUAUUUGUUUUCUUUCGGGAAUAUAAUUUUAUUAUUAUUUUUUUUUUACCCUUGUUCGUUUGGCUUUAGAUCCGGUUGUUUUGGCGACGACUUGUUCCAAUUUUAGGUUUAAUUUCGAUCUAGUUUGAUCCAUGGAUCUUUUGCUUUACAGGUUGCGGAGUGGACGGCGAUUGCUUGACUUAAUCGAGAUCGCGUCAAGCAACAGGGAGAACAUUUUUGUUGUUAAUAUUGUUCUUUUAAGUGGUGGAUGUGUGAUCUGAAGUUGUUAGCUUUCAGGAAAUUGAAAAGUAACAUCCCAGUGCGUUGAAAGAUGACAGAUAAAACAGAAAGCACCUUGAAGGAUGCUGAUAUACACUCCCUCCAAAAGCAAUGGGAUGAGAUUUUGUGCCCUAUUUGUAUGGAACAUCCACACAAUGCAGUAGUUCUUAUCUGCACUUCAUAUGAAAAAGGUUGCAGAUCUUACGUUUGCGAUACAAGUUACAGGCAUUCAAAUUGUCUAGAUAGAUUCAGGAAACUAAGAAUGUGCUCUGGUGAUAACACAUCUGGUUCUGCUUCUACCAUCACUGAGAAUGUUGAUGCAGAUAGACCUCACUUGAGCUCUCUUUAUGGUACAGAUCCUUCUUCCCCUCAUCCAGCAACAGCACUAGCAAACGCUGUUGAAGCCCAUGACAAUUUUAGCAUUGACGGUGUAAUACCUGGUGAGCUAGAUGAAUUUUUUGAUGACCCAGAGCUCAGACAAGCACAAGAUGGAUAUCAAGCAUCUCAUUCAGAGGGCAAUAUGAGUUCUGAUGGAUCUGGUGGUGGUGAUGAACCUGAGGUUAACUGCUUGAAGUGCCCUCUCUGCCGAGGUGCUGUACUAGGUUGGAUGAUUGUCAAAGAAGCUAGACAAUAUAUGGAUUUGAAGUUAAGAAGUUGCUCCAGAGAAUCAUGCUCAUUUUCUGGCAACUACAAGGAUCUCCGUAAACAUGCCCGGAGAGUACACCCCAUGACUAGGCCUGCUGAGGUUGAUCCAUCAAGGCAACAAGCUUGGCAUCACAUGGAACGCCAGCAAGAGUAUCAUGAUAUUCUCAGUGCACUUAGAUCUGCGAUGCCAGGUGCUGUAGUGCUGGGAGAUUAUGUUAUAGAUGAGGGCGAUGGCCUUUCAGGCGAUGGGAGUGGCCCAUGGUGGCCUACAACACUCUUACUGCUUCAUAUGCUUGGAAGUCCAUUAGGUUCAUUGGAUGACCGAAGAUCUUCUAGGGCAUGGAGGACAAGGCGACGCUCUUCAAUGCGUCGUUAUUUAUGGGGUGAGAACUUGUUAGGCACUCAAGAAUAUGACGACUGGAACUCAGACAACGACAUCCUUUCACGAAGAAGGCGUAGGAGGAUAACUAGACCCAGACAUGACGAGGAGCAUCAACAAUAACUUCUAUUUCAGAUAACAAUUUGGAAAAGCAGCCACCGGUGUGGAUAGCUGGAGCUGAAGUUCUGGUUAGUGUGAGGUACUCUUGAGCUGAAGUUCCAUUUUCUGUGAGCUACUCUUGUUGAUCGAUGUUGUUGAAUACAAAAUAUCAGCUUUGCUCUCA